AUGGAACUGGCAUGGAAUAUAGUGUUUGUUCUUCUGUCCAGUUCUCCUUGCUGGGCAGUAGACUGGGAAUCCACUUGGAAUUUCAUUGUAGCAGCUGGCCCUCUCCCCAGUGACUGGAUUCAGGAUGCGAAUCCUCCAUUAAGUGAGCAGGGGGCUAACUUCACAGCAGCUAGCUUGGAUGCUCACAUCUGCAGCCAGCAGUGGACUGCCACCUCUGGGGAAUACUUGGCCAGCCUUCAUGCCAGUGGGGUGACCCACUAUAAAGUCUUCCUUUCUUGGGCACAACUUCUCCCGACAGGAAGCUCCCAGGAGCCAGACAAGAACACAGUGCAAUGCUACAGACGACUUCUUGAGGCGCUCCAUGCUGCUCAGCUCCAGCCACUGGGGGUCCUGCACCAUUCAACUUUACCCAGACAAGAUGGGACCUGGAAAAGUGAACUUUUCCCCAGCCUAUUUGCCGACUAUGCUUUGUUUGCCUUCCACUCCUUUGGGGACCUGGUGCAGGUCUGGUUCACUUUCAGUGAUUUGGAAGCAGCCAUGGAGGAUCUUCCCCACCAGGAGUCAAGGUCUUCUCGUUUUCAGGCCAUUUUUGAUGCCCACAGAAAAGUCUAUAAUAUCUACCAUGAAAAUUUCGCUUCUCAAGGUGAAUGUGGGAAACUCUCUCUUGUGCUAGGAGUUGACAAGAUCUCUGAGUACUUGUUGGGCUCCUCACGGCAUCAUCUUAACAAGGUACGACCCGACUUCAUCGAUUUCCUCUCUCUUGACCUGCUGUGUGACUGCCAAAAUCAGGCUGGCCCACCACAGGAGCUGAGUGAACUGCAGAUCAUCGAUCCCAAAGUGAAAGUUUUCAUCUUCAGCCUAAAAUUUCACAACUGUGUUCCCUUGAAGGAGAAAUCAGUCCAAGUCCUGUUGAACACAAUCAAAGCUUAUUUUACAGCCAUAAAUAAAGACCAAGUACUGACCAUUGGGUUUGAUGUCAGUGAAUUCCUACAGUGUCCUUUCAGUGCCAAGAAAAGCCUCAUCCGCGCGGGUCGCCUACUCAUAGAGCUGAUCGAGCUGGCCUGUGGGCUCCUGUCUUGCAUGGCCACCUUGUUCCACUGGGACCUGCCUCAGGCCCUGCAGGCCCGGGGGGGCUGGCAAGCGAGGCGUGGUGGAGCCUUGUGGACUCACGCGCCUUCUAUACGCCUUUGCGACGCGAAGCUGUGGGUGACCUUUCACGAGCCCUGGGUGAUAAGCUACGAGCUACGGACCGAGCACGCCGCUAGCCGACCCGCGUCGCUUCAAAGUCGUGCUGCCCUGGGGCUAGUUAGUCCCAAGCGCCGGAUUAGCUGCCUCCUUGGACUGUCUUUGCACUGGCAGCUGUGUCUCCUGCUUUUCCUCCUUCGCUCCUUUCCCAAGGUGGCUCACUCCAUCCUCAAGGCCCACGCCAAGGCCUGGCACUAUUACGACCGCCACCAGCGCGCCCAGCAGCGCGGCCAGGUCGGGAUCGUGCUGAACUCGGACUGGGCCGAGCCCUACUCUGCCGAGGGGGAGGAUGUGGCGGCGGCCGAGCGCUACCUGCACGCCAUGCUGGGCUGGUUCGCCCACCCGCUCUUUGUGGACGGCGACUACCCCGCCUCGCUGAGGACCCAGAUCCAGCUGAAAAACCGGCAGUGUGGCCGCGCCGUGGCCCAGAUGCCCGCCUUCACCGAGGAAGAGAAGCUGCUCUUGAAGGGCUCCUCGGACUUUCUGGGCCUGUCCCAUUACACCUCCCGCCUGGUUAAGGAUGCGCAGAACGGCUCCUGCGGCCCGGACUACGACAGUCUCCGCGGUUUCUCGCAGCACGUGGACCCCCGUUGGCCCCAGACUGCAUGUCCUUGGCUUCGGGUGGUCCCCUGGGGUCUCAGGAGGCUUUUACAGUUUGCCUCCCUGGAAUACACCAAAGGGAAGGUUCCCAUCUACCUGGCUGCCAAUGGCCUGCCCACGGAAGGCAGAGACCUUGAUGACUCUGCAAGACGAGACUAUUUCAAGCUCUAUGUCAAUGAGGUGCUCAAAGCUAUCAAGUUGGACUUGGUGGAUGUUCGGUCCUACAUUGUUCGUUCCCUCAUUGAUGGCUUUGAAGGCCCCUCCGGUUACAACCAAAGAUUUGGGCUACACUAUGUGGAUUUCAAAGAUGGUAGCAGACCCAGAACCCCCAGGAAGUCUGCCUAUUUUUUCUCCAGCCUUAUCAAAAAGAAUAGCUUGGAGAUUAAAAAGAUAGACAGAACUUCUCAGCCAUUCAUUCAUAGCCUUCCUGACACAACUCCUCUUGUUUUGGGACCCUCGGAGGUUCCUUCCAAGGCUAAGGUAGUUUGGGAAAAAUUCUCCAAUCAAUCCAAGUUUGAAAGAGAUCUCUUCCACCACGGAACAUUCCCGGAUGACUUUGUCUGGGGUGUGUCCUCCUCCGCCUAUCAGAUCGAAGGAGGCUGGAAUGCAGACGGGAAGGGCCCCAGCAUCUGGGAUAACUUCACCCACACUCCCGGGAACAAUGUGAUCAACAAUGAUAACGGAGAUGUGGCUUGUGAUAGUUACAAUAAGUUGGAGGAGGACCUGAAUAUGCUGAGAGCUUUGAGAGUCACGGCCUAUCGCUUCUCCCUCUCCUGGUCCCGAAUCUUCCCAACAGGGACAAAUGAUUCUGUCAACAAAUACGGAGUUGACUACUACAACCGGCUCAUCGAUGGGUUGGCGGCCAGCAACAUCACCCCCAUGGUGACCCUGUACCACUGGGACCUCCCCCAAGCCCUGCAGGAUAUUGGGGGGUGGGACAACUCUUCCUUGAUUGAGCUGUUUGACAGCUACGCAGACUUUUGCUUCCGCACUUUUGGCGAUCGGGUCCGAUUCUGGAUGACGUUUAAUGAGCCCAUGUAUCAGGCCUGGUUAGGCUACGGCGAAGGUGUAUUCCCCCCAAAUGUGAAGGAUCCCGGCUAUGGGCCUUACAGAAUCGCCCACACCCUCAUCAAAGCUCAUGCCCGAGUUUACCACACGUACGAUCAAAAGUACAGGCCGAGUCAGAAAGGAGUCAUUUCCCUGAGCCUCAGCACGCAUUGGAUGGAGCCCAAGUCGCCGCAUUUGCCGAGAGACGUCGAGGCGGCUGAUCGGGCCCUGCAGUUUAACUUGGGCUGGUUUGCCCACCCCAUCUUUAAAAACGGGGAUUACCCCGAUGCUAUGAAGUGGAAAGUGGGCAACCGGAGCGAGCUGCAGAAUCUGCCCGCUUCUCGCCUCCCCAGCUUCACGGAGCAGGAAAAGCGCUACAUCAGAAACACGGCGGACGUCUUCUGUCUCAACACCUACUCCACCAAAGUUGUGUCCCACAGAACUCCUCCGCUGCAGCCUCCCUCCUACGAUAGCGACCAGGAGAGGACCGAGGAGGAGGAGCUGUCUGGGCCUCCCAGUGCCCUGCACAGGGCAGUGCCCUGGGGUCUCAGAAGGGUCCUGAACUGGAUCAAGGAAGAAUAUGGCAACAAGCAAAUUUACAUCACAGAAAAUGGAGUGGGACUCAAGAAGUCUCAAAUUGAAGACAUCGAUAGGAAGUUUUUUUACAAAACGUACAUCAAUGAGGCUUUGAAAGCCUACAGUCUGGACGGUGUCAACCUCCGCGGGUAUGUGGCUUGGUCCCUGAUGGACAACUUUGAAUGGCUGAAUGGCUACAGUGUCAAGUUUGGAUUAUAUCAAGUAGAUUUUAAUGACCCCAACCGACCCCGGACUGCAAGAACUUCCGCCAGGUACUACACAGAAGUUAUUAGCAACAAUGGCAUGCCAUCGAGCAAAGAGGAUGAGUUUUUGUAUGGAGAGUUUCCGAAAGGCUUUAUCUGGAGUGCAGCUUCCGCAGCCUAUCAGAUUGAGGGUGCCUGGAGAGCUGAUGGCAAGGGCCUCAGUAUCUGGGAUACCUAUUCCCAUACUCCGCUAAGGAUUGCAAAUGAUGACACUGGCGACGUGGCCUGUGACAGCUAUCACAAAAUCCAAGAAGAUCUGGUGGCUCUUCAGAAUCUCGGCGUGUCCCACUAUCGCUUCUCCAUCUCCUGGCCUCGUGUUCUCCCUGAUGGGACUACAAGGCAAAUCAAUGAAGAAGGGCUCAAGUACUAUGAAAGACUCAUUGAUGCACUAAUGGCAGCCAAUAUUACACCUCAGGUGACUAUUUACCACUGGGAUCUGCCCCAGGCACUCCAGAAUGUUGGAGGCUGGGAGAAUGAUACCAUAAUCCAGAGGUUUAAGGAAUAUGCAGAUGUGCUCUUCAGUAGGCUGGGAACCAAAGUGAAGUUUUGGAUCACUCUCAAUGAGCCCUAUGUCAUUGCCAACCUGGGCCAUGGCUAUGGAACAGCUGCUCCAGGCAUUUCCUUUAGACCAGGCACUGCUCCCUAUAUUGUUGGCCAUAACUUAAUAAAAGCUCAUGCUGAAGCCUGGCACCUGUAUAAUGAUGUCUACCGACCCACGCAAGGAGGACUGAUUUCUAUCACCAUCAGCAGUGACUGGGCAGAACCCAGGGAUCCUUCCAAACAAGAAGAUGUGGAAGCUGCCAGAAGAUAUGUUCAGUUUAUGGGAGGCUGGUUUGCACAUCCUAUUUUCAAGAAUGGAGACUACAGUGAAGUCAUGAAGACCCGGAUUAGGGACAGGAGCCUGGCAGCAGGACUCAGCAAAUCCAGGCUCCCAGAGUUUACUGAAGAUGAAAAGAAGAGAAUUAAUGGCACAUUUGAUUUUUUUGGCUUCAAUCAUUAUACCACUAUUCUGGCUUCUAACCUGAAUUAUGCAAAUAUAAUCUCCUCCUAUGAUGCAGACAGGGGAGUGGCUUCCAUAACAGAUCGCACUUGGCCAGAUUCCGGCUCUUUUUGGCUGAAGAUUACUCCUUUUGGCUUUAGAAGGAUCUUGAACUGGUUAAAGGAAGAGUACAACAACCCUCCAAUUUAUAUUACAGAGAAUGGGGUUUCUGAGAGAGGAACCUCAGACCUCAAUGACACCGUAAGAAUCUACUACCUCCGGAGUUACAUCAAUGAAGUUCUCAAAGCUAUUAUACAGGAUAAGGUGGACAUCCGUGGCUACACUGUUUGGAGUUUGAUGGACAAUUUUGAAUGGGCUACUGGCUUUUCAGAGAGAUUUGGUCUACAUUUCACCAACUACACAGACCCUUCCAUCCCAAGGAUCCCCAAGGAAUCUGUCAAGUUGUAUGCCUCUGUAGUCAGGUGCAAUGGCUUCCCAGACCCAGCCAGCGGGCCGCACCUCUGCCUCCAGGCCCAAGAUAUUCCCACCACUGAAUCUGUGACAGACAAGCAAGUUCAGUUCUUGGGGCUAACACUGGAUGCCACCAAUGCAGAAACAGCUUUAUACAUACUCUUUUCUUUCUUGAUUUUCUUUCUGAUUAUUGGUAUCUGUGGACUAGCAUUUACAUUCUAUAAAUACAAGGUGUCUAAGAAAAGUCCAAGUACCAGCCAACAGGAAUUGAGUAAAAUGUAGUAUUUGCCGUAUGCUUUACAAGUUAGCUAAAGCAUUGCCGAGUUCUUUGCUUAAAACUGCCUUACCCAAUUCCCUGCUUUUAUAUCACUCCCUGUAUAAUUUAAGAAAACAGAAUAUAAUAAAAGAUCAAAGUAGCUUCAUGAGUAGUUUACCUGGAACAUCUGAGAUAACUGCUCCUAAUUUUCUCCAACCACCUGAUAUUUUUGUUUUUGUUAAGAUCUUUUAGUUUUCUUAACUAUUAAGAUGCAGACAGUCAUGGGAAUAGGAGUGUCAACCUCUUAAGACUUUAUCUGGGGGGUUGAGUUUCCCAUUAUUCAGGCAUUUGGGGCAAAAAAAAUUCUCAAUUUGGCCUGUGCUUCACCUUAAAGGUGCUCCUCUUUACUAUUUAAAAAAAGAAAAUCAUCUUUUAUGUCUAAAUCAUGAACCAAGUUCAACCCUUACCUUGGUACAAGGUGUGAAAUGUUGGACCAUGCCUAAAUCCUUACUAUUUUUCAGUUUUCCCAAGCAAUUUGUUAAAUAGUGAGUUUUUAUCCCAGAAGCUAGUCUUU